ACCGUAUUUAUAAUUUGAAACCAAUCGCCGGUGGCAAAUAUUGAAUGGAGUCGUCUCUUCAGCCGCCUUCAUAAACCCUAAACCCUAACCCUGUCUCCUCUCUCCAUGCCCUAUCCUCGAGCUCGCCACCUUCGCAAAACCCUAGCAAACGUCUCCACCGACGAUCUCCUCUCCAAUCUCCUCUCCGCCGCCCCGCGCCGUCCUCCGCCGCCCGGCACCGGCAUUCCCAAGACUCGAAGAACCCUCUAUCACCGCCGGAUCUCCGGCGAUUCCCCUCUCGACCUCGCCGACUCUGAAGCCCUAACUCUCUCUUCUGCCGCAUCUUUCUUCAACCCCUUUAUCAAUGCUUUGGUCGCCGCAAAAUGCCGGCCCGAGGCUCAGCAAGCUAUGUCCAUUUUGAAACGUUCUGAUUUUAUACCAUUUACUAAUCAAUCCUAUUCGAUUCUCUUAAAGAUCCAAUUUUUACUCGCAAACGACAACCACUCCAUGUCGCCCUAUGCUGUUAUCGGCGCUAUGGUUAAAUUGGGUUGUUUCCUGGAUGAAAUAACGUAUUUGACAUUGAUUUCUGGGCUCUGUUGGGCUGGCAGGAUCAAAGAGGCUUUGGGGAUUGUGGAUAGAAUGUUUGAGGAAAACUGCCCGCCAACUGUUCGAUGUUUUACUUCUAUUGUUCGUGGGUACUGCAUUCAUGGAAGGGUCGAUGAAGCUAAGGAUUUGGUUGAUAGGAUGAGGCUCUCUGGGUGUUCACCUGAUGCUGUUACAUAUACGAUCUUGAUUGGUGCUCUUUGUGAAAGAGGAGAGUUUGAUGAGGUGGGUAGGAUGUUGGGCGAGAGUGAGUUAAAGGGUUGGAGUCCGGAUGAAGUUACAUAUAAUGUUUAUAUGAGUGCACUCUGUAAGGCCGGGGAGGCUGAUAAGGCUUUUAGGCUGUUGAGUGUUAUGAGGAGACGUGGUUUGUGCGAAACGAUGGAGACAUUGCAUAUACUUUUUGAUUGCUCGUGUCGGAAUUUGAGAUAUAAGAGUCUGCAGAAGGCGGAGGAUAUUUUGCAUUGGGAUGUGGAUGUGUUCUUUUAUAAUACGUUGAUGAGUAGACUUUGUCAAAUUGGUCAGUGGAGAGCUGUUAAUGAGCUUUUGGCCUCUAUGUUGAAGAGGGGAAUCGAGACUCUUCAUACAUUUACUAUUGUAAUUCAUAGCCUUUGUAGGAAAAGGUCGCUUGGUAAAGCAAAAUUUGUUUUUUACAGCAUGGGUUUUCAAGCUGACGUUGUGGCAUUUAACACUCUGCUUUUGGGUUUUAAGGCGGCAAGUGAGUUUGGUGAAGUGCAUCAAUUAUUUUUGGAUAUGGGUAGGGGUAAUGUUACCCCAAACGAAUUUACGUACAGCAUCAUGAUUGAUAGUCUUUGUCGAGAACACAAGUACCUAGAGGCGGUAAAUUGUUUUCUCGAAUCUAUCAGAAAUAAUUUACACCCAAACUUGAUUGUACGCCCUAUAAGGUGGUUGGUUAAGGAUGAUAAGCGCAGGGAAAUCCUAAGGUUAUUUGAAGAAAUUUUGAGACGAGGUUUUGUACUAGAUGGUUUUAUGUUUGAUUCAUUGAUUAGGGGCUUCUGCAACAAAGGCUUUUGCCAAAGUGUAGAAUCAGAUAUAUUCUAUCUUAUUUUUGACAGAAUGCUUGGAGUUAGAUGAUUUUUUUUCAUCCUUAAACCAUGAGCUCGCUGGAGGUUUUGGUGAUGCUUCUACUUGCAUAUGUGAUGUUGCAUUAUCUCUGAUCUUGAUGGAUAUUUCUGUCCAGACGUGGAUUCUCAUCAAUACUCUUCUAAGAUUGUACACAUGCAUCUCCUGAUGGAACGGGCUUGGAUAUACGGAAGUAGGCCUACGGGAUGCAAGGCAGCUGCAAAUGAGGGAUUUUAGUGAUCCUGAGUCUUUCUCAUCUCAACAUAUGUAGAUAUUCUAGGUAUUGAUUUGAUUUUAAUCCAUUUAUGUAUUUGGGUUAAACCCAAUCAGUGGUCAUUUACCAUAUCACAACGACAUGAUCUGUUGAGGUGAAAAUGCUUCAAAAAUCAAAUGCAAGUCCACAACAGAUGACCUGGUCAUGAAUCCGUCUGCGGAGUCACUAGCAAGUGAAUUGCAUUUGGUAUUGCGUGAUGCUGCUCAUACAAUCUAAAUAGGAGGAACAUAAAAGCCGCAUCAGCCCUGCAUAAUUAUAAAAGUGAUAUAUACUCUUCUUAAGGUAGACCAGCACCUGGUAUAAAUUUUACUCCAAAUAACAACGGUGACAGCGGAAAACGUUCUUGGACCAGUAGAUGGAGAUGCAAAGAAUGGAAAUGUACGAAAGAGGGCCAAGCAGAAGAAACCGGUCAAUUAUGAAUGUGAUGAAUCGAACAGUGGACUAUACAGAGGCUCCCUCUUCUAGUAACAAUUCCGAUCCAGAAGCAGCUGAUGAGAAUUGAAUCUCCUCCAUCAAAAAGCCAACUUCCCCCAUUUCUCCUCCUCCGUCAAGCCAUCAACUUCCCCAACUCCGCCCACCGCGAAAGCAGCAUCACCCUCGACCGCGGCCGAUCUUCCUUCGAGCUCGAGCGCUCUCGCGAGAUCCCCAUUUCUCCUCCUCCAUCAAGCCAUCGCCUUCCCCCAACUCAGGUGUUUCAGCGACCUCUCCCCCAACUCCGACUUCAAGUCACCGCCGAUCGACUUCCUCUAUCAAGCUAGCAAGCCACCGACCUCUACCCUAACUCCGGCUCUUAACUCUUUGAUGAUGCUUUCAGCUGUUUAGCUAGCGAGGUCGAGGAGCCGAAGCGGACGAGCUCGUGGUCGAAGGUACAGAGCUUUGAUCUUUUGAUCUCUAUGGUUUUUGUCGGUCUUUUUUUUAGGAAUUAUAGAUUGAUUACAAGAACUAGAGAUUUGAUGCUUGAAAUGGAAUUUUAAUUUUAAUAUAACUUUUGAUCUCUGUGCUUUUUGACUCUUGAUAUUAUUUAAUUAGUAUUGUUUAAUGACAAGUUGGUUCCUUUUCGAGUUAAUUAUCUACUUUUGUGAUAUGUUAGGUUUAAUAGAAGCGUAGCAAAGAUCAAAUUUUACUGAAUUGAUGUAACGUUAAUUAGUUUUCUUCAAUCAUCGGCCUUUGAAUUAAAGGACAACAUAUGUAAAUUACAGGUUUUGAUUAGGAUUUUUUUUAUUCUGUUAUGGAGAUCGAUUUGGUUGUUUGUUUACGUUUUGUUGGAUUACAGAGGAAACUAAACUCCAUUAAAUGUUGUAAAUGUCUCUGACUUAGAAUCUUGAAACUGCCUUUAGUGUUGUAAAUGUACUGGCUUCUGUGGGAUAUCCAUACUUUCCUUUCAUAUCUCUUUUUAUUUAGAAAAGCUUUUGCAAUUGUUUGAUGUAUAUCGAUCUUUAUUCAUGAAGGACUUGUAGGAUGUCCUUAAGUGUAUUAAUCUGAGGUGUGUUCUGAAAGAAAUUUGGAUUAUUUUUUUCUUCAUUAUUGUUCUACAGUUGAGAGAUUAAUGCCUUAACCACCCCUAUCAAAAUCAAACCUGUUAGUAUGUAAUACUUGCUGCAUCUUAAUCUGCAUAUAUUUUUAACAUGGUUAAUUGCAGAAUGCAUAACUUGGGCACUGAAGCUAAUGAAGUAAACUUGGACGACGAUGAUUUGAUAUUUACUCCUCAAGUAUCAGAUGAGUUCAGGCCAAAAAAAGGGCAAGAAUUUGACACAAUAGAUGAUGUUGUGACAUUCUAUAAUGCUUAUGCUAAAGCAGCUGGGUUUAGUGUAAGGUCUUGGACUACUCAGAAAGAGCCGGGAAGUUGUGAAAUAAGAAGAAAUGAGUAUGUUUCUUUUAAACAAGGAAAAUCUCUAAAAAUCAUGGAUGUUGGAAAGAAAAGACGUCGAGGAAGCUUAGCUGAGGAUUGUACUGCAAAAAUUACUGUUUUAAAAUCAAACUCCGGAAAAUACAUUGUUACUGUUUUUAAUAAGGAGCACAGCCACACACUAUCAACACCAUCAAAGGUUCAUCUUUUAAGGUCCUAGCGUAACGUUUCAGCCACAACAAAGUCUCUAACUAAACAGUUAUCCAUGGUGAAUAUACCUCAGCAUCAACAAUUCAGUUUUCUUGGAGUACAAUCUGGAGGUAUAGAAAAUAUUGGGUGCACUCAAAGAGAUUUGUAUAAUCAUGAAAGGGAUAUCCAUGCUGAUUUGAAGGGGGGCAUGAUGGUGAAAUGUUUUAUGAAUAUUUAAAAUUGGAACAAUGAAAGAAUCCCUUAUUUACUUUUCAAAUUAAGGCCGAUGAGAAACAAAAGAUUACUCGUUGUUUUUGGUCCGAUGCAAGAUCAAGGCGGGCUUACAAAUUUUUCGGUGAUGUUGUAAUCUUUGAUACUACUUAUAACAUUAAUCGCUAUGGCCUUAUAUUUGCACCAAUGAUGGGGGUUAACAAUCAUGGUCAAACAAUUGUUUUUGCUUGUGGAUUUUUGAAUCAUGAGAGCGUUGAUGAUUUUGUAUGGUUAUUUAAUUAAUUUUUGGAAAGUAUGUCUGGUGGUGCCCCGAAGAUGAUUAUUACCGAUCAAGACCCAGCGAUGACUAAGGUAUUCCCUCUUGUUCUUCCAAAUAUUUUUCACAGGUAUUAUAGUUUGUAUAUAUUAUUAAAAAUAUUUAUAUACAUAGUCUUUCUUUUUAACACUUUAUUUAAUUCUUUUGACAGGUAUUGUAGUUGGCAUAUAUUAAUAAAGUUUUCUGAGAAAAUUGAUGCAGUGAAGUAUAGUAUUUAUAAAAGUGAGUUCUCGGCUUGCAUUUGGAAAUCAGAGACUCCUGAAGAUUUUGAUUUACAAUGGGAAAGUCUGAUUAAGAAAAGUGGGUUAGAAGGAAACAAGUGGUUGCAAGACCAAUAUGAACUUCGGUCAAGAUGGAUUCCUGCAUAUGUUAAUCACAUUUUCUCAGCAGACAUGUCAAGUAGUCAACGAGCAGAAAGUGUACAUGCAUUCUUUAAGAAAUUUGUUUCAAAGAAUAAUUCAUUGGUUGAUUUUAUGAUACAGUUUGGCAGGGGAUUAGUGCGCCAACGACAUGAGGAGUUAAUGGCCGAUCACAAAGAUGUAAUUGAGAAACCUAAACUUAGAAUAAAUCAUGACUUUUUGGAGCAAAUGGUUGAUAUUUACACGAAUGAGAUCUAUUACAAGUUUGAGGCUGAAGUGUGUGACAGCUUUAACUACAAGUUACAGUUUGUUAGGGCAACUGACAAUCAGAGUGUGUAUCAAAUUCAAAGAAAGAAGCUCGCAAAAAGUAAAGUCCGCGAAAUUGUUUACGACAAGGACUUGGAUUUGGUUUCUUGUAGUUGUAAAAAGUCCGAAAGCGCUGGAAUUCCAUGUACGCACAUUAUAUCAUAUUUGAUGAAAAUUGAUGCUGAAAUAUUACCCGAUAAAUACAUCUUAAAGAGGUGGGCUAAGUCUGCAAAAUCGGGGACAUUGGUUGAUGAUAAAGGUAUGCAGAUAAGCCCUGACAAUUCUUAUCUUUUAACGUGGAGUCAAUUUAUCCAAGCAUCUUUGGAAUUAGUUGACAAGUCCCUUCUAUAUGAAGAAACGAGGAAGAUGUUUACUGAUGGAGUGCGUAUCAUUAAUGAGCAAAUCAAUCAAUUUCUUAGUAGCCACAUGGUUAGUGGCUGCACGGUUGCAAAGAGCUUCACCGAGAAAAAUAAUCAAAUGAGUAGUAAUUUAAUGGAUGAUGGUACUAGUGUGCAGGAUUCUUGUACUUUUCAAAUAGUUUCAAUGAACCUGAUCAAGUGCGAGCAAAGGGGUGCGGCAAAAGAUUGAAGGGAGGAAAAGAGAAAGCAAUGGCUAGAGCAAAAAAUAAAAAAGAUAGACGUUGCCACGGGUGUGGUAAAGUAGGCCAAUCACAUGAUAAGCGAAAUUGUCCGGCACUCACAAAUCCGUCUUCUACAUGCGGUGAUACAAAUUGGCAAGAGGGUAAUGGGUCAUCAAGUGAAUAUGGGGAUGAUGUGCUCCUAUGAAGACGGUGACAAAUUUGUAUGGCUUGGACACUACACUGUUCCACAAGAGAUGAUGAUGUUUGCAAGUGGUUCACUGCUUGGCUAUUUUUGGAUGGAUGCCGAUCUUAAAUGGAUAUUGGUUGUAUUUUUCUAGGGAGAUAUUAUUAUAACUUGAGAAAUGUGGUUGUAUUAUUCAUUACACUGAUGGAUAUGCGUUCUUUUUUCUAGAGAAUGUGGUUGUAUUAAUUACACUUGAGCAAUGUGGUUGUAUUAAUUACACUUGAGCAAUGUGGUUGUAUUAUUCAUGAUUAAACUCCUUGUGCUGAAACUGUCUACUCUGCUCAAGCGAGCGACUAUGUACUCAGGUUUGUUCAAGCUUAAACUCCUUGUGCUGAAACUGUCUGCUCUGCUCA